AUAAACAAGUAACCCAAAUGAUAACUUAGUGGGCAUGAUAUGGCUUUAAGAACUUCACUCGAGCAAAAUAAAUCAAGCAUGGAAUACAGUACAUUGUACAAUGAUUUGGAUCUAUAUCAACCGUACAAUUCUUCAAUUAUUCAUCAAAGACUGGAUAUUCCAUGUAAGGCAUUGUGGCUAUAAUAUCAAAAUCUGUAUACAGGGAUCGUCUAAUUUAACUAUCACACAGGAUGGAUACAUAGAUGGGAAAAUUUAUUUAACGGAUGUAUGUAGAAUGUGGACUUCGAGUCAAAAGAUUUUGAAAUAAGAAACAGAAACAAGGCUCCAGAAAAAUUUCAUGGCCUCAUACAAAUAUGCUCCGGAAAAUGACUAAACAGUCUCUGAAGAUUCAUUAUUUAAACUAUUACGCAUCGUUAGUGUUCCUACUAUCAGUAAUACAAUCGUGCAAAGGGGCUAACUAUCCAGCUUGCACGAACAAAACACAACAAUAUGACGGAUAUCCAUACAUACUAGACGAAAAUGAAGGAAGAAUGUGGGGCUAUUGUGGGUUCCCGGAUGUCUCGAAUGACGACGCGAGAUGUGGACGCAGGACGAGAAUUGACUUCGAACGCGAAACGAUAGAGUACUUUGUUUGCGAUCCUGAUUUUAUACUGGGCCCCGAAGAAGCAACCUCCAUAGAUAAUGACAUCAUCAUAUUUAGAGGAGGGACACCAGGGCAGUGCAGAUUCCGAACUAUAAAGCAAAAUUUUACUAUUGCAAUAGCAUUGACGCAGCAGAUGAGAAUGCCAGAUUUACAAGCGGAUGGAACGUGUAUCAAUGAUUGCGGAGAAAUCUACCCUUUAUUGGACUACGACCUACGUAACUUGACGUCACCGGAAGAUCAGCAGACGAUAGCCAAUCUCUUCGCAGAAAGUCUUAGAAGCAGAUGGAAGGCUGGAGCGUGUGGAAAUGACAUUGUGAUUUUUUAUAACAGAGAAUAUGGUGUUGUAGCUUCGGCUGUCGGUUACGCGUUAGAGUCAACAUUAACAGCUGAUGUGAUCGCUGCAAUACAUCUGGGAGCAAUGGACCUCCUUCACAAUGGAAACGUAUCAGAGGGACUCGAAAACAUCGUGAAUGGAUAUUACAAUAAACUGCGCGGGUUGACCCCAGCAUACAUUCUGUUAAUGAUGAGCGCAGCCUUUUGGACGUUGUUUGCACUGUUCAUGUUAUUUUUCCUGCAGUUAGGAAACAAUGUGGAAGGCACGUGGUCUGAUGGUUAUGCGUUAAGCUAUGUAGGGACAGUGAUUUACUAUGUUUCUUUCGCCUGGAUUUUUAAAGCUUUGUUUAAUCUAAUGGCUUUUGUUGAACAUUUUGCGCAAUGGUGGCACGUGGUUUUUGGAACUCUAGUAGCCCUGGGUCUAAUAGGGUCAGGUGUGGUUUGGAUGAUGUUGUAAAAUAUUGACUCGUUUGUAUCCAGCGAUUCUUUACAUAAAUUCUAUUCGUUUUAACGCAUCUGUUCUCUUCGUUGCUAUUUACCAAUGUUUAGCUUCAGAAAAUGUACCUCUCCGAAUAUGUUACUUUAAAAUGUAGUCUACAAGGAGUAGGGAUGAAAAAAAAGAUGAUUAGUUUUUAUGAAAACAAUUUCAGGAGGGAGGUUACCCGAAGAUUAUGAACAGACGGUGUACUCUUUAAAAAAUAAUUAUCUAUACAAAUUAUGUGACAUUGAUAAAUACAGGUUUUGUCACUUACGUUUUUCUUUUUCAUUGUUUCGGGUCAUGUAUUUUUGGAUAAACAAAUAAUUUGGUUUUAAAGUAACAUACCUCCUUUCAAGAAUACCUCCUUUGAGAGUAAAUUAAACAUAUCGUACAUUGGCUGGUGAUAGCACAAUUCAACCUUCAUUAAGUAAGCAUUUUUACUGAGUUUGGAAAAAGUUUUCAGGGCAUUCUAUGAAAUGCAGAUCUACACAAUAUCCAGAUUCUAUUUCCCCAGUAUUCCUCUCAUUGCUUGCCCAACAUAUCCUCAAGAGAAUAAUGUAUUGGUAAUACUAUUUUGAGAGAAAAUGUAAAAUAUAAUCUCUGGCUUAAUAUGUGUACUUAACGAAACAAGCAAUGACUUGUUGUUUGUAUAGAGUGAAUUAGUUCAUUGAUA